AUGGCGUUUCUUCCGCCAUCUUUAGAAACCGUCGCGUGCAGAUUCCCUGCUCUCUCUUCGGACGCCUUCCAAGCGCCAAGGAGCGACGUGGACCUCGCGUUACCCGCUGACCCUCUCCUCUCCUCCCCGCAUUUCACGGACGACAGCGGCAUGCAAGACUCAGCAACCGCAGCGGUUCUGGCCGCGGCGACAGCCAUGCAGCAAGAGUCGCUUCUCCGUCGCCAGAGAAUGGCCGCGUCGCUCUGCUCCGCGGGUUUCCAGUUCUCCUCCGCGCUCGCCUCGUCAUCCCCCCUCUCGUGGCAAUCCCGCCUCUCCAACCCCCUCCUCAACUCUUCCUUCCUCUCCUCUACCAUUGACCCGCUCGGGCCGUCUGCGGCGCAGAUGCAGCUUCUCGAGUCGAUGGUCGCAGCGACGUCGCCGACCGGCAAUGCGAGUGCGACUCUCCUCAACUCGUCGCUUCUCAACUCCUCGCUACCCAACUCCUCCUUCCUCACUCAUUUUACGCCCAGCGCCAAGCGCGCCGCACCCGAUGCGUCCGCGAGCGACGGCAAGACGCAACGGCCGCGGAAGCGUGGGCGUCCCUCGUACAAGGACCGCGCCGCGGCGGCGGCGGCUGCGGCUGCGGAGGCCGAAGCGAAGAAAGCCGCCGCAAGGGCGGCUCUGCGCGAGUCGGCAUUUGGAAGUGCCGGCCCUGAUAGCGACCGCGUGACUUCCCUCGGCGGAACCGCGCCUUCCGCGAACACUUCCGCCCCUCAGCGCAAAAUGCAGCGAAUUCUCCCCCGCGCCGUCCCCAUGCGCGCGCCUCUGGUCCCCGGACUCACGCAAGUCCCUGAUUCCGCGGCGUUGAUGGCGGCGCUGCUCCCGCAGGCUACCUCCGACUUCUCCGUCGCUCUUCAGGCCGCACUCGAGCAAGCUCGCUGCCGCGCCGCGCUCGCAGAGGCGUUCGCCGCGUCGUCCGCCGUGGGCCCUUCGCUCGAGCAGCGCGCGCAGCUGUGGAUGGCGCGACUCACCGCCGCCGGCGCAACGAUCUCCGCCGGCGCCACUGGUGGCCCCCCGGCGGCCGUGCCCUCCGCAAUUGGCGCAGCACUAUCCGAUCUGUCGCCGCACAAUGUCUCAGUGGGCGAAGCGAAGCUCGCCGCAGCCGCCGCCGGGCUUCUCGCCGCGGAAGGCGGCGAUCCCAAGGACGCAAUAUUCAGCAAGCUCCCACUGGCGUCGCCCGAGCGUCGACGAGUCGGCCUUGGAAGGAGCCGCGUCGCGUCUUGUCUCGGCUUCAGACGCGAAGGAGCUCUCCCCGCCGGAGACUGGGGCCGCGGGAACUGGUGGCUCGUCGGUGACUGA